GGAAAACCGGCCAUGAGUGCCAAGGCUAGAGUAGCGGCAAUGCUCCUGCCCACGUUUAACAUCCUUGUUAUUGUGGCUGGCAGCAUCCAUCUCGGUCAAACAGCUGUUAUAACUACGCGCCCAUUGUCUACCACACCAACAUCCACGCCAAGUCCAAAUGACAAACCAGCCACUCUUCGCAACGUGUCUACCACUUCGGGAUCACCAGAACCUAUUGCCAGGACAGCUAAUCUAUCCGAGUCCAACCAAACAAGACUUCAGAGCGAAGGGAUGUCGCGGAGCAAGAGUGCAGUGGAGAUUAUCUCUGCAACGUCAAGUUCAGCGGAACCUGCAGGCCUCGGAGCUAGAGAAGAAAAUCUGCAUUUUCAGAUCGUAGCACAUGACCAUGGCAGUCCAGACAGCGGCAACAAACCUGCAGUAUAUCCAGGAGAAAAUGUUGAGAAAACUGACGCUAGCGUUGGUCCAGCACAAUCUGCAAAUGAAUCACGUGCUGUGCCGCUGGCCAAAGUUGCCAACCACCCCACCGUAAAUCAAAGUACUAGCUAUGAAAAUCAGUCCAGCGUCAGCACUGCAGAGAAGGAGUCCACGUUGCUAACCAGAGUCGAAAACCGUGAGACGGACGUUAUGCCGGUAUCGCCACCUAGCUCUACCAAGACCAAGACAGACGGGAACAGCACCGCUAAUAUUAAUAGUAUACGGAAUCACACCAGCAGCAGUACUGGAUCGAAGGAGAAGAACCGGCGUAACCUUUGGUGGUUGGCAGGCGGCGGCGCGGCGUGUUGUGUAGUUGCUCUGGCCCUGCUUGUCAGGGUGCGUACAAGGCGCAGAUCAAAGCAUAAAUUCCAGCGUUGCGGGUCGAAAAUGAGUCGGGCCGACACUCCCUUUGCCCUCAUCAAUAUUAUAGACAGGCCUCAAGAACAGUGCCCGCCUUCUAGGUCGGGCAGUCCAAUCUGUGGAAGAGCGGAUGACACACCAGGCAGCCCAGCUGCUGUUGGCACACCUGGAAGAGUACGCCGCAGAGGGUCCGUAGAGCAACGGAGAGGAAGCAAACUAGAACGGUCUUUGAGCAGCAUAUCUAGUGUUGCGCUGUCACCUGACAUGAUGUCAAGCUGUCUUCCCCGUGUCUCACCCUACCAUGGGGGUGGGCUAUCCAAGACACUCUCACUGGAUGAGUGCAACAUGAAGCGAUUCCGGAGCAACUUGUACGCGUCCAAUACGUGGAGCAACCGUAGCCACAAGCAUGCAAAUCCACACCAGCGAUUGCACGGCAUGAAAAACCUGGGAAGAUUGCUGAACCAAUCUGCUAGCAUGGAUACUAUUGACAGCGAAUGCAGUGAUUCACAGUACUCCAUUCCCUGCUCGGACUUGAUUAAGAAGUCGGCUAGUGCUCACCGCAGUCAGACGAACCAUGAUGCGGCCAGUGGGUUUGACGCAUGUUCAACACCUCCGACAUCUGCCAAUGGCAAAGGCAGCGCAUUAGCGAGAGAAAGCACGUUGAAAUGGAAUUCGUUCAGUUCCUCAGCCGAUGCUGACAUUGUAACCGAAAACAGUCAGCUAGCUUCGUGGCGCACACAAUUCAGCAGGGACUCAACAAUGGAACUCGAUGCCAGCUGCACCGAACAUGAUUCCCAACUUGAACGCUCGGUGGAUACUCGCCUCAGACCGGUGCUCAGCGAGAGCGAAGGAAGCUGCGAGGCCACGGAAAUUUACUCCGUGCCACUUGACGGCAAGCAGUUUAGCAUGGGAAUGAGGUCAAUGAUGGCAGGCUAUGACUGGGCCCAAGAAAGCGAAUGCGUGGGCCAAUCGGCCUCCCCGGCUCACACCGACUGGCCCCUCUCUGAAUCCUAUUGUUACGUGGGAAUACCAGAUGAACUGGAGCUCUCAGCUUCGAACUCAGUGGAAGACGAUGUGAGUGUUGAACUAGACAAGCUCUGCACUGACGUCGGAUGGGACGUCUUGGCACCUGGUCAGGAUAACAAUGUCCUUGGUUCGAAUUCUCAAACUGCUUGGGAAGUCUUGGCCCCUGGUCAGGAUAAAGGUGUCCUUGGUUCGAACUCUCAAACUGCUCGUAGUGCAAGCAAUUCACCCAUCCACAACUCACCGCUACCGGAUCAUGUCGCUAUCCAGAACAAAGCACAAUGUCGAAGUUUGUUGCGACAAAACAAGGCUGAUAGAAUGACCAUCCACAGUGCAAUUCAAUCUUGGAAGCGAAGUUUACGGUUAGCCAAAACCAGUCAGCUUGACAAGGGUGUGACUGGAUCUGCUCCAGCUGUGCUGGAUUCGUCCCUAGAGGCAGCAUCGGAGACAAUGGCAACAGCACCCACUUCACCGGAAACAUGCAACCAGAGCGGCAAAACAAAAUCCACCACUGAUGGUGCUGUCAAGCAGCCUAGCAUCAUCUGCGAAGAUCUGGAACCAGACCAUCUCGCAUCCGGCCAGCUUGCAGAGAACGAGAUUGAUACGACCGGACAGCAGCAGGGACACAAUAUGUCGAUCCAGCGCCAAUCAGUGUCAAAUGUCCCGACGGCAUCGCCUCUAAGGCCCAAAGAUCUGAAACUACAGGGCAACAGAAAACGUGUAGGUUCCAAUAACUCCUACAUGCUUCCCAUAGGGGACGGGUUCACAUCACCUGGGCUUAGUUAUUUGUCGGUGGACUCUGAUAUAUAUGCGUCCGUGCCUCCCGAGGGUACGCGGCGGUGGAAACGGCAUUCUUCUCAGAUGGACAGUAUUUAUUCCAUACUCCCUGGAGUGUUUCCGAGCAACGAGAAUAGUGAAACCGAUCACUACUAUCUGACGCCGUGUAUUUUGAGUAUCACGGAAAACGGGAAGACUGUGUGUCCACCGCGAUCCCCUACUUCAUCCCGCGUCAGUCCUCUUACUUCAUCCUCUGUCAGUCCUCCUGCUUCACUCUUUGUCAGUCCUCCUGCUUCACUUGCUGUCAGUGCGCCUGCUCAACUCUCUGUCAGUCCUCCUGUUGCUGAUGAUGAUGAUGACGUCAUCGAUACAGCAGCAGUCACAGUGCAUAUUUAUCCCGUUCCGCAGACCAGUGACGACACGGGGUAGGUUACGACUGACGAUUGUGUCAUAGCCGUCGACAGGUGUUGGCACGUCAGCCAGCAGCGUAUCCACACAACUCAGGAUAUCACUCACCCACCGGCAUGUGAAAAGAAACUAUGCAUCGUAACGGACCCUCCAUCUGCACCCAAAUACAAAAGUCCACAUGCAGACAUCAGGAUCACAGUUGUUCUGCGCCUACCGCCAAGACAAACCAUCUUGAAGACAGCCGGCAGAUGUAUGUCAGCGAACGAUGAACCACACAAGGCAAUACUCCUGGUGCUAAAAGAUCCUUUUGCGAUGUUAUUCCAUCCGUAUAGCUGAAACACGUGGAUGGAAAUAAAAUGGCACAGUACCACUUACACUCGAAACGCCGUAUGCUAUAGUUCUGUACUAAUGCACAGUGCAUAUGCAAACACACACAUUUUUUACAUUUUUUUACGAGAAACAACGAACCUCGAGAACAUACCCUCCCCAUUCCUUGCAUAUCAUACAGAUACAUUAUAGCGCGUCAUCCACUUUGGAAAUACAUGCCAUCAGAUGACUCUCACUGCAACAUGCAUUUCUUUCUUUCACUAUCGGUAUUUUAUUCCAAACCCACAGGCUGCAAACAGAAACUAUUCUCACGACUUUGCGCAGCAUUUCCGUUCAGAAUUUAUGCAAAAACUGCCAAACGCUCUUCUAUCUUUUCCACUCAACGUCUUUUAUGAUCUCUUCCCGGGCGACCGACAAAACAUUCUCCUUACUGUGACUAUCUUCAUUGAUUAUUGUUAUUUCUGUUAUUUUACACGUCGUGCACGCACCCCUCAUCGUCCAAUAGUUGUUAAAUCAGGUACGCAGGCUGAUUCAUCUCAGGAGAUGACUAUAAUAUUAUUAUUUUUUUCAUUCCACAUGCGGAUGUGGAUUUACGAUUUGCAGCGGCAGACAAGCCACCGAUUCACUAUUGUUCUCUCUUAUUUUACACAUCGUGCCACCAUCCUUCAUCGUCCAAGAGUUGUCAAAUCAGCUACCCAGGCUGAUCCAUCUUAUGAGAUGACUAUACUGCUUUAGUUUUCCUUCC